AUGUCUAUGGAAAACAACUCUUCAAAGUUGAAAACGAAUUUUCGAAGAACUAAAAGGAAUAAUCAAUCGUCGAAAGGCAAACCGAGUGAUUCACAUCUAGGCAGCGCAUGGAAGAAACCUGUAACGAGUGAUAAAUUAACUCAAGGUCAAACCAAUGGUUUUGAUGAACAUGAAGAUGAAGAAGGAACUACUUGUUUUAUCUGUGCUGAUACUUUGAAGUUUGUUGCAUUAUCUCCUUGCAACCAUCAGACAUGUUUCAAGUGUGCAUUUAGACAACGUGCAUUAUAUCAGAAGAACACAUGCCUUGUUUGUAGGACUGAUCAUGAGUAUCUCAUAUUCACGGAUAAACUUGAUGCUACUUUUGCGACGAUUAAAGAGUCUGAAAUUUUUUCCGUUAAUAAAAAAUAUGGUAUUAAAUUUACUUUAUCCAGUGCCGAAGCAGCAACAUUACAAUUAUUGAAAUAUGUUUGUCCUUAUGGAGAUGUAGGCAAUACUGACCUGGAUUCGUUUAAGAACUAUAAUGAGCAUUUGAAGAAUGAACAUAAGAGAAUUAUCUGCACGAUAUGUGCGGAAAACAAGAAGGCAUUUCCAUCGGAAUUGGAGAUCCUUACGUCUAAUCAAUUGAAGACGCACAAUACGUUAGGCGACAAGAGAGGUUUUAAAGGUCACCCGUUGUGUGGUUUCUGCUCUGGACAGAGGUUUUAUUCGGAUGAUGAACUUUAUAUCCAUAUGCGCGAGCGUCACGAAAAGUGUCACAUAUGUGAUCAGAUAGAUUCUUCUCAACCACAGUAUUUUAGAGAUUAUGAUCAAUUGUUUAAUCACUUCAAGCAUUCUCAUUACAUCUGCACUGUCAAGUCAUGCUUGGAUUCCAAAUUUGUGGUCUUUAGGGAUGAUUUGGAUUUGCAGGCCCAUAUUUUAAAAGAACAUGGCAAUAUUGCAGGAAACAAGAAUAAAAUUUCUUUAACUAGUGGCCGCAGAUUCCAUUCGGAGUUGUCAUCCUCGAAUCAGAGCUUUUCACGCAGUGUAAAUGAGCAAGCAUUUAGUUCUGCACAGGCUACAGGGCUCUCCGGCACGCCAUCCAAUCAAGAUACCCCAGAAAUGAAGCUUAGAAGGCUUGAAGAAAGGGCAAGACAUUAUCUGCACUAUUCCCAAAGUUCAAUGGAGAGAUUUGAACAGAUUAACAAUAGUUAUAGAAGCAAUGCGAUUACUGCAGUUAGUGUUCAGAAACGCUACGAGCAGUUGUUUAAUGAUCCUCAAGCUGAUAUUUAUUUGUUGAUUCGUAACUUUGCAGAAACGUUCUUGGAGGGAUCGAUUAAGCACAAGGAGUUGUUUUCAAUAUACAAUUCAGAGCAAGAAAGAAGAGAGCGCCAGAUAAAAUUCCCACCACUUUCUAGUGAGUCUUGGGAUCAGGUUUCUCUUUAUGGGGCUAAUUGGCGGAAGACUACACCAAACAAAUCUUCAAGUGCAUCGAGAUUUAACUUUCCUUCAUUAAAUGACACAGCUAGAGCAAAGUCUCCUCCUGUUAAAAAGGAAAAGAUAGUGAACACAUCCUACAAAUCUACUCUUACUUCCACCUCAUCAUCUUCAUCAGGAAACACGUUUAAUGCUAACACUGACUUCAAACCUACUUACUUGAAAAAUAAGACUAAAACAGAAAGCAAGCAUUUGACGUCCUCCCGAAAUUCAGAACUAUUCCCCCCAUUACCAUCUAUUGAUCCAAAGAAACAGCGUCCCAAGCCUGUAAACCAUGCUUCGAUCCCUGAUCCUAUGCAGUGGGGGAAACCCAAGAAAGAUCCAGCCCAGUCAACUAAUACAAUAGAAGAUACACUGCCCAUCAGCGGCAAACAAAAAGGCAAACAAAAAGGCAAACAAAAACAAGUUCUAUUUCAUUUUGGUAUUUAG